AAAGAAUGAAUUUUUGUGCGCACUGUAUAAAUACCUCCUAUUCAUCUUGACCUAUUGUCACUUCCAGUUGGGAAUCUGUUAGCAUUCCUUGCAGAUAGGUAUUUGAACCUUAUUCCAGCAGUCGAGUCAUACGGCAUUACUGCUUCCCCUUUGGUUGACUGUACAUACCAGGUACCUGGAGGUAGGUAGGAAGGGGCGGGCAAAGAUAUUAGUCAUAAUAUACCCCUUUCACUUGCCUCUCACCCUAUUAACUCGGGUGUAGUUGCCAUCAGGGACCAGAAUGAGUAACUCGCUUAAGUUUGAAGAUGUCCAUGUACUUCAAAUUUUCGAUCUCAUGUAGGGCAGGUUUAGGCACAUACCUCCUCCUAUCUAGUACAUAAGGUUCUUUCUUCCUUCACCUUCAAUCCUCCCGAAGUCCUCAUCAAGUCUUGUCACAGCCCUCCGUCUUCAUUCCUAUUUUCACGGAAGAUAGUCGGCAUGUCGAUAUCCAGCCAGUAUCAGUUGUUGUUCUUGUAUCACUAGAAGUUCUCAUACAAUUAUCUAUUUCCUCUUCACCUUUGAGUACUUAUCAAGCCUACAAGAUAUGUCAUUUCUAUAAUCAACGCCAUGUCUAGCGAAGCAGAAUCAGGGGAAGGCAGCCAUAUAUAUCGCCACAUGUAUAGACCAGCACAUGAUGCGCAUAUCCAGAACAUCAUAAACCAUACCAAUACUCUUUUCCCGGACUACGGCUAUCAAUUUCCCCAGUUUCAGCCUUUACAUAACGCUAACGAAUACGAAGAGCGGCCUGAAGAAGAUCAAGAUCUAGACGAAUUUGAUCGCACCCUGCUUGGUCAGUUACACCGGCCUACUCAUCUCCAUGACUUGGGACAUCGUGAUCAGCGCCUAUCACUACCCCUUACAAAUACCCCUAAUCAAGCGAGACGGCGGGUGGUAGGAGAUGCAAGCCAUCAUUUUACGACGCUUACUGCCCGAGAUUCAGAUCAUGAAUCGCCUUUCUCGAGCAUUACAAGUAAUGUAGAGAAAACAGAGCCAAAACCCAACCUGCAAUCUAUGUUUGGGCAUGGUGGAGGAUUAAGAAGAAUAGGAGAAUUGCAACCGGGGGCACAGAUGGUGACACCUCCUUUCCACACUGCUCUAAACUCAACUGCGACAUUGGAAAACUCCCUCACCAGCAGUUCUCCUACAGUUAUUGGCGGAUCUAGCCCUUCCACUCGCCUUAGCCUUAAACGAAAUACCAGAGCAGGCGUUAGCCCUCUUGUGUCUCAUAAAAAAGCAAGUCGGUUAGAUUUAGGCCUUGAUCAUGCUCCAGAUGAGCCACCGAUCGUGAACUCUACUCGCCUGAUAGAUCCAAGACAGGCACUGCCUGAUAAGUUUCGAGCCGUAUUCCCUUAUGAGCUCUUCAACGUUGUCCAAUCCAGAUGUUUUCCAAUUGUCUACGGUACAAAUGAUAAUCUUGUCGUUUCAGCUCCGACAGGGUCCGGCAAGACAGCUAUUCUGGAAAUGGCUAUCUGCAAGCUUGUAAUGAGUCCCGGCAGUGAGAACUCCAAAAUUGUUUACCAAGCACCAACGAAGUCUUUAUGUUCGGAACGCGCGAAGGACUGGGAAAGGAAAUUCAGUCAUAUGGGCCUAAAAUGUAUCGAACUUACUGGCGAUACUUCGCAAACGAAGGCGAGCCGGGUGGGCAGCGCAUCAAUUAUCGUCACUACCCCUGAAAAGUGGGAUUCCAUUACUAGAAAGUGGUCAGAUCAUCAGAGAUUACUAGAGAUGGUCCGUUUGGUCCUCAUUGACGAAGUUCAUAUCCUAAAAGACGUCCGCGGUGCUACACUGGAAGCCGUCGUUUCCCGCAUGAAGACUAUUGGGGCGAAUAUCCGGUUCGUUGCUUUGAGUGCCACUGUCCCGAACAUUGAAGACAUUGCGAAAUGGCUUGGACGAGAUCAUUCAAACCAACAUGAUCCGGCUAAGACCCAGGCAUUUGGUGAGGAGCUACGGCCAGUUAAAUUACAGCGAUAUGUUUACGGAUAUGAGGGUUGCUCGAAUGAUUUUUCGUUCGAAAAGUCUCUUGACGGAAAGCUGGCUAUGUUACUUGCCAAGCAUUCAGAAAAAAAGCCAAUCAUGAUAUUCUGCUUCACUCGGAAGUCUUGUGAAUUAACAGCUCGAAGGCUAGCUGAAUGGUGGUCUACCUGCAGUGUGGAGGACCGAGCCUGGCCAGCACCAACAGGGCGAGUCUCAGUGGCGAACGCGGAGCUCCAGGAGAUCGUACGAUAUGGAGUGGCUUUUCACCACGCAGGUCUUGAUACGCAGGAUAGAUUAGCUGUGGCACAGAACUUCCUCGAGGGCCAGGUUCAUGUUAUAUGUUGCACCUCGACCUUGGCAGUUGGGGUUAACCUUCCUUGUCACACUGUGGUCCUAAAGGGGACAGUUGCGUACUCUGACAAUAAGCUUCAAGAAUAUUCGAACCUGGAGGUUAUGCAAAUGCUUGGUCGCGCUGGUCGACCACAGUUUGACGAUAGUGCUGUGGCCAUUAUUCUGACUAGGAUGGCAAACGUCGAUCGCUAUAAGAGUAUGAUAUCUGGAGAUGAAACUUUAGAAAGCACACUUCACCGAAAUCUAGUCGAGCAUCUCAACUCGGAAAUUAGCCUAGGCACGAUCCAGGAUGUCCAGACUGCGAAAAAAUGGAUUGGAGGAACGUUCCUCAGUGUACGAGUGCGUCAAUCUCCACUGCUCUAUCAACUUGAAGAUGUCCGCAAUGCCGAAGACGCGGAUAAGAAAAUGGAAGAAUGGUGCGAGCGUGAUCUGAAGCUACUACAACAAAGCGGCCUAGUUACUACUCAUGCGCCAUUCAGAUGUACGGAGUACGGGCAUGCUAUGUCAAGAUACAUGGUAAACUUCGAAACUAUGAAAGACCUCCUAUCAAUUCCUCGUGGCGCAUCACUCCAAGAAACGCUUAUUACACUUUGUAAGGCCGUAGAAUUCAAAGACUUCCGGUUUAAACCUGAAGAACGCGCUUUAUUUCGAGAGUUGAAUAAGUCUCCAUUCAUCCUGCAUCCGAUUAAAGAGACUUUAGCGCAAACCUGGCACAAAAUAUUCGUCAUGAUCCAGGUCCACCUUAGGGGUGUGGAGCUGCCAAACGAAAAGGGCAUUGGUUUUCUCAAACAAAAAAUUGCGAUGGACAAGGCUGCUAUAUUUGAUCGAAUGAACCGCCUAGUACGUUGCUUCGUGGAUUGUCGUGCGUUCGAUAGCGACGGUUUGGGUACCAAGAUCGGCUUAGAACUUGCCCGCGCCCUCGCUGCAAAUUCAUGGGAUUAUAAACCAUCGCAGCUUUCUCAGAUUCCAGGAUCUGGUCCCGUGAUGGUUCGCAAAUGGGUUAGUCAUGGAGUCAACACAGUGCUAGGACUUGCCGACAGAGACUUCGGUGAGAUCGAGCGUAUUUCAAGCAGAAACCCUCCAUACGGAAUGAGAUUGUUGAAGACUCUAGAAAGCUUUCCCCGCCUGGCCAUGGAAGCUCAUCUCACCAGUGGAACUGCACGCUCAUCGCAGCCGGAAUGUAAUGUGAUGGUGGCGGUAAAAGUUAACCUUCGCUAUUGUAAUACGAGGGGGGUACCGAAAUGGAAUGAUAGGAUACCAGCCGUAACACUCAUGGCUUUGACAACAGACGGCAACCUUGCGUAUCUUUGGCGGGGAAACCUGAAUAAAAUUAAUAAGUCUUCCGGCAUAGAUCUGACCUUCCCUGUGGCCCUUAGUGGCCCUGAUCAGAAGAUAUCCUGUUACUUCAGCUGCGAAGAGAUUGUUGGAACUCAAGUCGCGAAGACGUUAGAGCCUCAUAUACCCGAGGGGGCAUUCAAAAACAGGAAAGUCCAACCAACACAUCGUCAAACAACUACCAUGGAAUCGUCGGAAGAUGAUAUGGAUUAUGGAGACCUCCCUGACCAAGACAUGCUGAACGCUGCUUUGGCUUCAAUGGACCAGAAUGAUGAGACAGAUUGGCAAGAUCCCUCAGUUCUAUUAGAUGACGUCGAAGAAGAUUUCCCAUUUAUCGACAACGUACUACCCCAGGAGAGAAAUUCGCUGGUCUUUGAGCCUAAUAAGAUGGAAAAUGGAAGAUGGAUGUGUAAUCACCGUUGUCGUAACGGUCGUCUCACUGGAGCUGGAAAGCCUUGUACUCAUAAAUGUUGCCACGAAGGACUAGAUAAACCCCGACCACCACCACGAGAUAAGAAAAAGGACAAAGAUUCUGCGAGGAAUGAUACAGUGAAAGACGGCUUCAAAAUAUCAGCUAAACAUUCAACAACUCUCCGAACCAGUGAAACUGUCAGUGCCAGCGAAAGUAAUGGGAAGAGAUCAAUAGGACUCACGGCCGCUACUAUUUCCGAACCAUACGAUGUAGAUUGCACGCCAACACUUGAUACAAAUGCUCCAACUACUGCUCUAGCAAACACGAAGAGGAAGCGCUUAGCAAAGAACGAAAAAGGAAUUAGGGCUUCCAAGAAAAAAAGCAAGACCACAAGCCAUGAGUUAAACAUGGAUGCCUCAGAUGUUGAAUGCAUCGAUCUCUCCACAAUUCGGAGUAGUCAUGAGACCGGUUACUCUUCUGCAAAUGUGCUUGAUUGCUCUGACAAUACGAAUUUAUUAAGUUCCUAUGCAAUGGAUCAGACGGCUGUUAAUUCUCUCUCGGCAAAUGAUAUUCUAAAACCUGGCUUUACACAUGUUCCGUCCCAAAAGUCCCCCGACAUGAUGAUGGGGGCUGCUGAUAGAGGGGAUGCGGUUACAGGCGGAAAUGAGAGUGAUAUUCAGUAUGGCAGCGACAUAUUUGAGGAUGACGAGUUCCCUGAUCUUCAAACCAUUAUCAGGCCAAAAAAAUCAACUGGCGAAGAAAAUUCGCAGAUGAUAUUAAGGAAAGACGAAACUCUAUAUCCUGGCACUGUUCAUAUUCUGAAAGAAAGCAUGGAUUACGGUUAGGAGCCAAAUCUAAGCUUCACUACAGUUAAUGAGCUACAGAAGGCGUCCGAACGCCUCGAUUUGCCUUCAAUUCAACCUCACAGCCAAGAUACGCACCUACCAUCAAGCACAAUAGCUCAGAAAGCACUCAGUUUUAGAUCGAGCUCGCCUCAAUUUAACGAAGAUAAGGCCAUUAGCCAUUCUCCAAAUCAGGGAGUCGGUGAUCGGACGCCUCUUUUCUUUGAC